AUGGAGCUGGAAAAGGGCACCCUGAAUCCGGUUUUCCAGGAUGUGGAAGGCGGCGAGCAAAUGGAGAACAGCAGCACCAGGAUAGAACCAGGGGAUAAGGUGGUGUCAGAGUCCCUCAAGGAGAGCUUUGAACCGGUGGAGGAGUACACCCAGAUCAAGCCGUACGCCGGCAUGCCCAAGGAGGUGCUGCUCCUCUACUCCUCCCAGGCCUGCUACAGAGUACCGAGAGAGAUCCUGUUCUGGCUGACAAUAGCCUGCACGCUGGCACUGUUGGCGCUCACUAUCACCGUGGUGGCGCUGUCCCCACGUUGCCUCAGUUGGUGGCAGGUGUCCCCUGUCUACCAGGUCUACCCACGCUCCUUCCGAGACUCGGACGGAGACGGCGUCGGAGACCUCAAAGGCAUUCAGGAGAAGCUGGGUCAUUUCCAGUACCUGAACAUCAAGUCGGUGUGCGUCGCCCCCUUCUACCGCUCUCCCAUGAAAGACUUUGGCUAUGACGUGGAAGAUUACCGUGCCAUCGACCCUCUUUUUGGGACCAUGCGGGACUUAGAGGACCUCUUGGCUGAAAUGCACAAGUUAGGUUUGAAGCUGAUUAUGGACUUCAUCCCCAAUCACACCAGCGACAAACACCGCUGGUUCAACCUGAGCCGCGCCAGAGAUCCACACUAUGAGGACUACUACGUCUGGGCUGACUGCAAUGCCACCGGACCCAAGCCCAACAACUGGGUGAGCGAGUUUGGGAACUCGUCGUGGACAUACGACGAAGUUCGAGGACAGUGUUACCUGCACCAGUUCCUCAAGGAACAACCCGACCUGAACUUGAGGAACCUUCAUGUCCGCCAAGAAAUGCUUGAUAUCAUGAGUUUCUGGCUGGAGAAGGGGGUGGACGGCUUCCGAAUGGGUGCGGUCAAGCGCCUGCUGGAGGCCGCACACCUGAGGGAUGAACCCCAGGUGGACCCACACCAGCCGCCUGAGUUGGUGACCUCGGAGUGGGAGCUCCACCAUGACUACACCACCACUCAGCUGGGCCUGCAUGACCUGCUGAGGGAGUGGAGGGCUCACAUGGACGUCUACAGCCGGGAGCCUGGCAGAUACCGGCUGAUGGUGACAGAGUCCUACGAUGACCAGGAGGUGGACAAAACCAUGAUGUACUACGGCACACCUCAGGUGAAAGAGAGCGACUUUCCCUUCAACUUCUACCUCAUGGACCUGCCUGGCAACAGCAGCAGCGGCGUGAGGCUCAAACAUCUGGUCCACCUCUGGAUGGGAAACAUGCCCGAAGGACGCUGGCCCAAUUGGAUGGUAGGGAACCACGACAAGCCUCGCAUCGCCUCCACCGCGGGUCAGCGCUUCAUUGGCGUCAUCAACAUGCUCCUGCUGACACUUCCUGGCACGCCGACCACCUACUAUGGCGAGGAGAUCGGCAUGGAGAACAUCAACGUGACCCAGAGUCAGAUUCAAGACCCUGCAGGCAGAUACAAUGCGAGCGCCAGUAGAGACCCUCAGCGUUCUCCCAUGCAGUGGAGUUCUGCAUCCAACGCAGGCUUCACCAACAGAACCAACGCCACGUGGUUGCCCGUGCACCCCGACUACAGCAACGUCAACGUGGAGGACCAGAAGCAAGACGAAGGUUCGCUCCUGUCCCGGUACCGACUCCUGAACACGCUGCGUCAGUCGGAGCCGGCUCUUCAACGAGGCUGGUUCUGCUACGUCCACGCAGACCACCACGUCUUCUCCUACAUCCGAGAACUGGACGGGCUGGACCGCGCCUUCCUCCUGGUGCUCAAUUUGGGCAAGGAGUCGGCCGUCACGGAUCUCUCCGCCGUCGGCGAGCUGCCCGAGCAGCUGGAGGUUCUGAUGAGCACAGACGUGGCCAACGACCGCAAAGCGGUGCAGAAAUCUCAGAUCCAGACCCAGGCUGGAGAGGGUUUGCUGAUGCGGUUCUCGGCCCGCGCUCGGUUUAACACCAACCAUCCCAGCCAGUGUUACGUGUCUGAGAAGGCCUGUUAUUUAAGUGUCAUGGACAUUCUCUAUACCUGCUAACACCAUCUUCUAAUGUUAUUGUUUCAUGUCUGACUCAAUAAGAAAGCAUCACUGCAAUGACUUCCCUUCUCCUUCUGUCUUCCACUAAAGUGCAAACUUUCCGGUUCUUCGCAUCCACAGGUUUAUCUGGUCCUCCUGCGUCGUGAAGAUGGGGGAGGAGGAUCCAGGCCCAGCUCCUUGUAGAGAAACGAUAGCGUGAAGGCUUCCUGCGUAGAGGAGAGCAGAGAUUUAGACCUGAGAGAAGCCCCGUGUUGGUGAGUACGAUCAAGCUCCGCCUCCAGUGCUCCAGGUGGUACAACAGCUCCGGUUGACGUGGCUGAACCAUGACGGGUUCUAGACCGGGAUCGGAGACAUCGACCAUCAGAACCUCUGAGCUGGUCCUGCUGCUGCUGUUGAUGGCUGGGAUUCCUGGUAGACGGAUCGUACGUUGCUCCCGUGCGGAGUCAAGUCCAGACGGUGGACUCUGUGGCACCGCAGACCCUCUUGGCUUGUGUAGAACAAAACCUCAUCUGUGGCCCACUCUGGGAAGACACACUUCUGUUACUCCUUGACAUUAAUCAAACUAGUGUGAUCCAAAGCAUACCGAAGCUGAAGACGUGGUCCAGUGUGAGCAGAACACGAGAUCUUUUCAUUCCGAGCUUCACCAGCACACACCUGAGUGACAUCGUCACAAAACAUCAUUUCAGUGCAAAAUAACUCACGUGUGAUGAUCUUCUCUCCUGUGGACCUUAAAGCUGGCUUGUGUUGUGCCUUCACUGUGACGGCGAGAUGCUUCUCCUGAGGGGACAGACGCAUUCUCUGCACCGUCCACUCUUCAGGUCCUGUCUCCUCAUCGUCUUCCUCACCAACAGGGAUCCGUCCCAGGUGAACAACCUGCUCUGGUUCUGACUCACCUGCAAGUAUUGAGUCUAUCAAUACUGGUGCACAUAUUUGUUUUUAGGAACUGUUCAUACUUGCUUACUGGGGUGGUCAAACGUAUCGAUACUUCGAUACCAACAUGCAAGAAAUACACCAAUUUCUGCUUUUUUCUGUAUCGAAUAAUGUACAACACUUUUUCUUCGGUGAUCCACAUUACUUCACACAUGUGACUGCUGAGCCAGUGUUUUCCAUAUUCCUGGAAGCCUGUCACAAAUAGGGCUGGACGAUUGUGGCAAAAAUUAUAACCACAAUUAUUUUGGUUGAUAUUGUAAUCACGAUUAAUAACUUUGUAUUCAUACUUGUACUUGAAAACAAAUUAAAGUAGUAUAAUAUAUUGUAGCCCCCAGAAGAAAUCACACAGAGUCAGACGCUAUUUUUAACUUUUAUUACCAAUCGUAUGAUAAUAAACAACGGCACAAUUCCAACAGGUUUUACCUCCCAUGAAAACACUUUUGUCUCCUUGAGUCUUCGCUUCCUCAUUCUCCGCCAAUCACCUUUCAGGCAUGGACGGUGUGUUUGUAAACAUACGAAAAACUGACAUCAAAUACAAACAAAAAACAUUAGCUGGUUGUUACAGUAUGAAUUGGUAUAUAUACACUACCGUUCAAAGGUUUGGGGUCACCCAAACAAUUUUG